CUCCGUACCAGUACCUAGACCGAGAAGUGCGCGAAUUCUAACAUUUGAAAGCGACGCGGAAAUCUGAAUAUUUCCCAUUUCGAAGAAUCUCCAAAAUGCGCGUGAUAAUCCUUGUAGGAGUACUGUGCGCGAUACGGGCCGACAGCCAGUACUGGAACCACCCCCAGAAGAUAUUCCAGGGUUGGUUCAGGCAACCACGAAUGAGCAUGACCACGAAAGUACCAAGCCUCAGCACGAAACCCAUCGCGGACACCACCACAGUACUCACUACGAAAAUCGACAGUACGACCGUAACCCCUGCCAAACUACCCUCGACUUUAUCUACCUUGACUGAUACCACCCCGUCAUCGACUUCGAGAAGAUUCACUGGGGCUGGGACGACUAGCAGUAUUGGUACAACUGGUACUACGGAAGCCAGUACCUUCGAAACGACGAAUUAUGACGUCACUGGUACUACCGAGGAGCCCAGGGAUAACAGCAGGACGCACGAUUUCUAUCUGAGCAAACGUGAGAAGCCGCAAAUCAAAAUCUCCACCAAUAUAAGCCAGAAUCUCCUUCCUCUACCAGCUGGUGCCAGUGCUGUAUUAGUAAAACCGACAAAAUACCAUUAUUACCCUCAUAAUCAACAUAUCUAUCUACUACCAGAAUGUGCCAUUCAACAGGUUUGCAACGCCGUUUACGUAAGACUGAACUGGACCCAGCCCCUAUGUGCCUGUCCUUCCAGAUACAGAGACCCCUGUUCAGCAUCUCUGAACUCAGAUGAUCUGCAUACGACAGAACUGGCGACUAGCAAAAAUGCAAAGAAAGCCCUAACAUUAGUCAAAACUUGUGAACCAACAGCGGAGAUGAGGCUAUGCCGUUCACCUAGAGAUUGGUCACUUCUAGCCCUACAAAAUAUCCGCAGUGGAAAAUCACACUAUCUUAUAAUAUGCAGGUGUCCAGAUUCCAGCAUAUUGGAGGGGCCUAUGUCUCACGACCAGCCAACUUAUGCUAGUGUACCAGGAAUUAGAGUGUUUGGGAUGAUGUGUGUCGAUUCAAGAAGAGGCAAGAGGCAAUCGAGGAUAUCCAAGUCACUUGAAAUGCCCCCGUUCCCAUUAGAAAAGGCUUAUCAGUUAGCAAAAACUGCUAUAUGGGAUUAAAAGAUAGAUAGUAAUAUUUUGAAACCGUUAUAUUGAGACUUUGAACCGAUUUUUGGAAUACUGUUCACCGCUUAUAACGUCGACUGUAGUUGUAAUGGACGUAUUUCUAGUAAUAGGUCGUAUUUAUUGUUAUUUAUAUUAGACUUUAGGCAAAUGUAGAUCAAUUUGUGUGUCAAAAUUUGUGAUUUAUGUAUUAUUAUUUCUGACAUACUUUUGUGACUACAAAGUUAGAUUUCUCAAAAUACAGAAAUAAGUGUUUUUUUUAAAUUAUCAAUUAGACUAAAACACCAGUGAUUGUGAUAAAUGUUUACAAGGCCAUUCUUGUAGAUUGAUUCAUGAAAUUAUUAAUGAAUAUUCCUGAAAUAUUCUAGGUGCCUAGUAGGCACUAAAUAUUUCAUCCAGACCAAGAGGAAUUUUAUAAAACAUUGAAUACCUUGUAGGUAUAUAUUUCUAGGAAAAUUAUUGUUAGAGACAAAUAAUCCCAGUUGCAUUCAUGUACAACAAACAUUUGAUUUGUUCUAGAUGAUAAUCAUAUUAUUUGUCAUAGAUCUCUGAUAUGCUGCAAUCAUAUUGCUUUUCAACUUUCAUGCAACUUGAGAGUAGUAUGGUGCUAUAGUUAGUUAAUGUAGGUAAUGUAAGACUUUUUGAAGUGUAGGUAACUCAAUAUAUAUUAUUGAAAUACAAAUCUUGUUUUAUUCAUAAAAUAUAGUUAUUCUUUACCAAAAAUUCUGCUCCAUUCAAACCCCUAAAAGGACAAACUACAGAUUU